GUUGGUUCAGGUUCAUCUUGGGUAAUGUAUAAAGAUAGAUUAGUAGACAGCUGCACAAAAAUGCCGCGCAUUCCGGUCCGCAUGAUAACAAACCCAGCGCAAGCAUGGGCCACUGCGCAGCAACUGCAGAAGUGCGCAAAGGUUGUUGGCGUCGACUGCGAAGGUGUCGCUCUGGGCCGGUUUGGACAAUUGUGCACCUUACAACUCUUUGUCAUUUCGCCCGCAUCCAUCACCAAUCCUUCAAAGCUGUCAGCACCCAAGACCUCCUCCGAGACUGCGCUACAGCAGCCUUGUUCUUAUUUGGUCGACGCGCUCGGGGGGCAAGAGGUGAUGAGAGCCUUCGUUGGCCUGUUUGCGGAUAAGAGCGUGAUUAAAGUGUUGCACGACUCUCGGGAGGAUGCGGCUGCGCUUCGGAAUCAAUUUGGUUUCGAAAAAAUGCACUCUGUUUUUGAUACCCAAGUAGCUCACAGCCUUCUGAAACCAGAUGAUUUGCAUGCAGGAUUCCAGGAUGCGUUGGAACUUUACUCCAGAGAGGGAGAGCGAGAUAAAAUUGAAUCUCGCACGAGUACCGAUUCGGAACCGAAUUACCUGCGCGAAGUGAAAGAAAAAAUGAGCAACGACGACCACCUGUGGAGACGACGUCCCUUGACAACGGAGCUGAUACGCUAUGCAAUGCACGGGUGUCAUCGCCUCCGCGACCUAUUUUACCGGCAAUUAGAGUGCGCUGCGAGCCGGAGCCCUGACGAUAAGAGCUUCGCUCUAGACGAAGAGGCGACGCGUAAAGACUUCAAUGCCAAAAAUGAGGACCAUACUGUUUUUGAUCACGACGAACAGAUGAAAAGUCUGAAUAUCAAUUGCGGACACCUCUUUCGAGGGGACGUCGACGAGAAAGUGAACCAAAAGCGUGAACGGACAGCAUUGUCACGAGCAGAAUUUGUUGAUGCUGUGAUCAGACGGUCCGAACACCAUAUCCAUUACGGAGGUAUGAACCUGGAGUUUGCCAAGGCAGCCGAUGCCGCUAAAAUUGGAACACAUUUAUGGGGGCUGUGCUGUGCCGUUACCAGUCGUGGAAUGUAUUUCAAGCUAAAUCUCGGUCGCACUGGCAUUUGUUGCACUCCCUCGGCCCUGGGUCGUUUUCGCGACGUGCGUGUGGGGGACGCCGUCCGCUGCACGGUGGCUGGCGUGAGCAUUGGGGGGAACUUCCUCUAUUUGGAUCGUUACGACCCUGACUGGCACUACUACGACAGAAGAGAGCGACCAGUAGAUACGGAAAGCGGGCAAACCUGCUUCUUCGGCCGCGAAAGGAGGCAUUCGCCAAGUAUUUUGAGCCCAGACUUAGACAUUGAUCCGCUACUAAUGCGUGAAGCAGAGGACGACGACCAGCGUAAUGAAAUGGCGAUGAGCAUUAACUCACUAGCAGAGUAAUUAAAAGCAUGGAUUUUCGCUUGUUCUUCUUGUUGUACAAUAGAGCCUGAAGAUGUGACAUGGAUCGAUCUGUUGAGUUAUUCCUGAAGGAUGAACAACACCUGUUUCGAUGUAAGUAACGCAGCAGUGCGGGAGGUAAGAUGAAUGAUGCUUAUUAAUUGGUUGCCAAAAUAGUCGUAUUUAUCACUUGAAGUCUUGUCAUAAAAAGUAAAAAGAGAGGUGGGCAGUCUGCAUUAGAAGAGAUGGGUGCAACUCAUGGCUUCCAUUUGUCGUAUCUAGAAAAGCAGAGAGUAAUAGAGAGUGUGCUUUGAGUAAGAUCAAGGACCUCCACCGCGAGCAAGAGAGGAUCAGAUCUUUUCAUCCUCCUUUCGCCAAGGUGCUCCUAUGUAGUGAUACACUUGCUCCAUGAUUUAGUUGAAUCUGCAUAGUCAAAUUAACAGCCAUGAGAAUCGAC